AGUAUGCUUGGAUGAAAUGAAAGAGGGUGAUGACAUAAUGAAUUUAGAAUGCGAUCAUAGUUUUCAUUCAAAAUGUUUGAUGCCUUGGCUUCAAACCCCUGUUGCAGAUUGACAGCAGCUGAACAGAAGCUAUCCAAACAACAAUCUGAUAAUCUUAAAUGGCAGCAGAAUUCAUUCCAUCAGAUCCUCAAUUUAAUUGGUCUUCACAAAGAAGGCCUUUUACCAGAUACCGAGGUUUCCGCUUUCAGAACUCAUCUCCUUGAUACCCUCAUUGCUUCCAAAGGAGCCGACAAGGAACAGCCCCAGAUUUUGAGGGAUAAGCUCCUCUUUCUCCAGGAGCUGCUGUAUGCAAAAUGCAUAUCUGCAGAGGAGUAUCAUGCAUCAAAAAGGCCAUUGCUUCAGAGAUUAGCAGUACAAGGGGCCGAGCUCGAGGCUAGAGACGUGAUUGUCGGAGAACGAAAAGAAACAGAUUCUCCGGAGGAAGAGGAGUGGUCGGUCAUCGAUUUGAAAGACGAUCAGAGUUUGAUAAACAAGGAUAAUUCUAGGUCCAAAAACAGAUCUAAGCAUGGGUCAUCAACAGUGAAACACAUCAAAGAUGCAGCCUCAGUUUUCGGGUUAGGGUCUUUACAGAAACUGGGUAAAAAUAGACCGCAGAAGAGCAUAUUUGACCAAUUACCAGUUGAUACUGCAAGCAUAUCUAACAAAGAGAAUGAGCCAAUUGAUGAAAACCCAUUUUGGAAUAUCAAUAAUCACAAUGAGACUGAAAGUGAAACUAAGUCUAUUCUUAUGUCAGCAUCAGACUCUGAUAAAUUUGGCAAGGAGGAAUGUCAUGGAAGUGGAAAAGGGAAGAAGACUGCAUUCCGAAGUCUGUUCCAGGCAGAUAAAUCGGAGGAAAAAGACUCGAAAUUUACGAAGAAGCAAUGGGGAUUUGAUGGGUUCAAAAGAUGGAAGAGGAGUAAUGUGGAAGAUGAAACAACUCCUGUGCCCCUGACUGAGAGAUCACGUAAUGAAGGUCCUGAUACUAAGCAAAUCAAAAGAAAGCUUCUUUCUGAUGGUUCUUCAUCUGGUUUUUACAUUGAUAAGGUUGUAGGGGAUAACAUAAGGAAGGAGUUGUUGCGAAUUCAAACUCAACUGUCUAGCACAAAUCCCAACUUUCAUUUUUCGAAUGAUGAAAUGGAUGUUAUAUCCACAAAGCUGCCAGUUGACAAGUCUGAUCUUAAGCAGUACUUCCCCAAGUCCUGGUGUGAACGAUAUGGUGAUGUGGUGUUGGAUGUGGUGAAGAAGGAAUUCAAAGAUCAUGUCGGGGAGAUGGAAAAUAUGCGUCAUGCUACCUGGGAGAGGAGGUGCACCAGCUCAAAGAGAUGGACAGCUUUCGAGGAUGAUGAAAAUUGCCAUCCUAAUCGCGUCUCUCCUGCAAACCAUAAAGCAAACUCCAUUUUCUAAUACAAAACAAGAAGAUUUUUGGUCUACGCAAGGCCAUGUUUGUGGAAGGGUUAAUCUGUAUAACUCUUUAAUCCUAUUAGUAAAAUAUGUAUAUCAACUAUUUUAUGGAAAUCUUUAGCCUCAAUUUAAUCUCUGUAAUUGAGGAGGAUAAGUUAGGUAAAACCCUAAUUAUAGGAUUUCUGAAUUUGUAAUUUUAAUUUAUAUUUAUAUACAUUUUAAUAAAAAAAAAUUAAAAAAAAAAAAAGCUGCCCUUAAAAGUUAUGUUGGAUCUGGUAUUUCUUGUAAUUCGCAUUUGCAGGAAAAAACUCACAAAAUGAUGAACAAAAAUAGAGAAGAAAGCACAUAUACAUUAUACAAUAACGAAUCAAGGUGAAAGUGAAAUAAAACAGCGGAACCAUUAUGGCUUUAGAUGUA